UUUUAUUUUUUUAAACAUGAAAUUAAUUCAACUAAAAACAUUACUGAUAAUUAUUAUCAAUAGAAAAUCGACCAAAAUAAAUAAUGAAUUUAAUUAUAUUUAUUAUCAUAUUAAUAAUAACAAUAAUAAUGAUAGUAAUAGAACAUAGUAUUAAUAAUUUUAUAAUUAUAAAUUAUAAAAUAAAAAUGAUAAUUAAAAUAGUUAUAAUUAAAAUACCAAAAGAAAAAUUUUAUUGCUAUACAAUUAAAAUAAAUAUUCAUUAAUAUUUGAUAUUAUUAAGAAAUAGAAAUAAUUUGUUAAAAAAAAAAAAAUAGUUAUUAAAGAUGAUACGUUUGAUAUCGAUAUUAAUUUAUUUAAUAAAAAAAUUUUAAUAAAAAAAAAAAAAAACAAUAAAUAAAGUUAAAUAUAUUAACAAUGUUAACAACUGUAUCUGUACCGGCUUUUGAGCUGAAUUCAUCGUUUUAUACAACGGCGUUUGGUAGCAGUAGUACAUUGGAAGGUUUUUCAGUUUCAGUGAUUGAACCUGAUAACAGUAACGCAACAUCGACACCUUAUAUGUUACCAGGGUAUAUAAGAACGACAUCCAUGGUCGUUUGUAUAACUGUAAUGGUGCUGGGAAUUAUUGGAAAUUUAAUGGUUCCACUGGUUGUAUUUCGUGGCAAAGACAUGAGAAAUAGUACAAAUAUCUUUUUAGUGAAUUUGAGUGCGGCGGAUUUAUGUGUUUUAUUAAUAUGUGCACCAACAGUACUUGUUGAAGUUAAUUCUGGACCUCAAGUGUGGCCAUUGGGUGAACAUAUGUGUAAGGCAGUGCCUUUUGUAGAGUUAACAGUAGCUCAUGCAUCUGUACUGACAAUACUUGCAAUAAGUUUUGAACGUUAUUAUGCUAUUUGUGAGCCAUUACGUGCUGGAUAUAUAUGUACAAAAGCUCGAGCGACUUUUCUCUGCUUUCUGGCUUGGGUUUUUGCAGCCGUCUGUACAAGUCCAAUACUACCAAUGACAGUUUACUCAAUGGAAAAAGAUGAUGAUGGAAGUGAACUACCAGCAUGUUCGACAUCAGUAAAAUCAGCUUGGCCGAUGAUAUUUUUUCUAACAACAAUAUUAAUAUUUUUUAUAAUUCCAUUAAUAAUAUUGAUAGUGCUGUACACAAUAAUAGCUAAACAUUUGAUGGCUAAUCCAGCAAUAACACGAGGCCCGGCAAAUAAUUUAUUAAAAUACCGAAAGCAAGUUGUGCUGAUGCUCGGUACCGUUGUAAUUAGUUUUUUCAUUUGUUUAUUACCAUUUCGUGCAUUCACACUGUGGAUUAUUGUAUCCCCACUAACAGCAAUUAUAAAUCUCGGUGUCGAUGGUUACUUUAUUUUACUGUACAUAAGUCGAGUUAUGCUGUAUCUUAAUUCAGCAAUAAAUCCAAUACUCUAUAAUUUAAUGUCAACUAAAUUCCGUGAGGGUUUCUUACGUUUGUGCGGAUUAUCACGUAAACAAAGUAAAGAUAUACCAACAUCUGGACGAACUGGUACGACGACAAGCAGCAAUCAUUCGGAUUUCUGGCGAAGACAAAGCAACAGCAGCAAAAAUUGCAGUGUUAAGGUCUCUACUGUUAGUACGGAUAAUAGUAAACCAUGUAAUUUAACAAUUAUUACUAAUACUAAAGAAGAUAAUAAUAAAAAUGACAAAGUUAGUUUUGUUUAAAUAAUAUUUUAUUAUUUUCAGUUGUGAAAAAUUGUUAAUAUUUAUAAUAUUUUAUCCAAAAGCACAAAUCUUAUUUUUUUCCUGUAGUAAUUUAUAAUAUUUAUCCCUUCGUACAGAUGGCGUUACGUGUUAAUUGCAUUUUGUCCAAGUAAACGAAAAAAUUCCAUUAGUGAUUAAAAAAAUAAACGCGGGAUAUUUUAAUUAAACUCAACAUUCAAUAAUUUAUUGGUCUACUAUUUCUAAUUUAUUUUUUUCCUAACCUAUUUCUUGUAAUUAUUGAUAUAUAUAUAUAUAUAUAUAUAUAUAUAUAUAUAUAUAUAAAUAUCAUUAAUUUAUUUACACAAUAUUUAACAAAUGACAAAAAAAUCUCAGGUUUUUGCGAUUCUUACAAAUUUUUUCUUACCGUCCUUAUAUUUUUUAUAUACUUUUUGCCAACCAAAGAUUUAUGACGUCCCGUUUGGAUCUAGUGAUUUAUAUCGUAGGCAUUUUCAUCUUCUUCCUCUUCUACUGCUUUAUCCUACUUUUUUCUUUCUUCUAUUUCUUCUCUUAUGUAUAUAUACAUAUAUCUAUAUGUACAUACACUAGAUCUCACUUGUCUUGUUCACUAUAUUAAGAUAGAUAUUCUUUUUAUUUUCGCAGAGAUAGUGCCUAACGAUUUCAAGAGUAUACUAGUGGGAUUUAUUUAUCUUAUAUGCCUUAAAGAUUUUCUUCGAUCUUAUGUCCCAGUAUUUCAUAUUUAUUUUAUUCAAUCAUUUCUUCAUAUAUUUAUAUAUUUAUAUCAAUCUAUAUAUUUAUAUAUAUUUCGCUCAACACAACUGGAAAUAAUUUUUUUAUUUUUCUUUUUCUUAUUAAAAAUUUAUUUUUUUAUAUAUCAUUGACAUAUAUUUGUAUAUAUUAUUAUUUUUAUAUGAAAUAUUAGUAAAAUUGGUUUGAUUGUUUUCAAUGAUUUGUAAAUAUUAAGUUUUAAUGAUCACUAUUAACAUAAAAAAAAUUUGUAAAUCAUCCAAUAAAAAUUAAGUAUUAAUUUUUUAAAUUAUUAUUAUAAUAUAUAACUUAUAAAUAUUUUAGGGGUCAGAGUCCCUCUGUACAACUAAGAGAGUGAUUAAUACGUAAACAAAAUAUAUAUGAAAACUAACGGCACAGAAGAUUAUUAAAAAUAAGUGAUUUUGUUCAAAUAAUUAUUAUGAACAAAAGAAUAAUUUUAGACAAAAAAAAAGACUACGAGCUCAUACAUGGAAUAUUGAAGCGGUAAAGUUAAAUUAUAUAGAAAUAUGAAUGUAUAUAUGUGUGAAUUAAUAACCGUAAUAAUGAUAAUAAUGAUAAUUAAUAAUGUUUGAAAUAAAUGUAAAAAUAAAAAAGUUUUAAAAAUGUGAAAUAAAAAAAUUCAAUGCUGAUGCGUUGAUAUUAAGUGCUUUUAAAUUAUCAGCCAUUUCAUUUAUUUUUUAAAUGAAUAUUUUAUAUUCAAAAAUAUGACGACUUGCCGAAAAAAUGUAAAUAUUUGGUUUAAUAUUUGGUGUAGGAAUUAAGAAAUGGAACAAAAAGAUUUCAAACGAAAGAGAAGUUAGCUAGCAGCCGAAGGCGAGUGCUGCCAUCACGCGACGUCUGAAGUUGUAUUUUAUCCCCUGCCACGCACUAAAUUUUUACAUAACCCGCAUUGAUACUGGGAGUUUUAUUGUCCAGUCAAUCCAAAUGGGAUAUUUUUUGACCGAUAACAAAGAAAAAAUAAUGCUGUACUUAAAAUAUGAAAAUUUGAAUAAAGAACUCAUAUUAUUUUUAUUAUUUUCUAAACACAAUUGUCAAUUUUCUUGGUUAUAAGAAUGCCACUAAUAUUGAGAGGUUCAAAACAAAGUAUAAAAUGAAAUCAAAAACUAUUUUAGCAGGUAGAAAUUAAUGAAUUUCUUUCCGAUAGAAGAAACUGACCAGUUUCUGACCGCUAAAUCUUAUUGGUUAGAAAUUGGCUUGCUUUGACUGGCAAAACAGGUAUUGAAACCGCAGUUUCAAUGCAGAUGAUGUGAAAUAGUAUAUUACACACCAAAGAAAGAAAUAGGACAUUUCAACCCUCGUGCGUUAUUGUCUACAAGAGCCGCAGGCAAGGCUGCCAAACACACGGAUUGGGAUGUCUUACCUUUUUUCGAAGUACGUAUGCUAUUUUUCACCAGAUCUGCACCUGAAAAUUUGAAUUUCUGCCUGUUUCCGGGAAAGAUGCCUAAAUCUUUUGAAAUGGGCAACUUCUUUCCCGCCAAAUAGAGCAAAAAUUUAAACUUUCAUUGCAUUUAAAUAUGUGAGGUAAUCCUAUCAUUAAAAUAAAAUAUGAAAUUUGAAAAACCCGCUCGGGAGAGUAUAAUUUUUCUUAAUUAUGAUAAUGUUCUUUAAUUCUGUAUCAACAGAAUACUCGAAGUGCCUCAAUGGUAAUACUAAAAUUGGCUGCUAUUUUCGCACGUGUAAGGAAUUUUAUUUUUAUUUUUUUUAAUGUAUACUGAAAGAUUUCAAACGAGAUGUAGGGUUUGAGUAUGAAACAAAUAUUGCUGUAAAAUGAUAUAGGGGAGACUGGAACUCGUCAAGAUACGCCUAAACAAGUAAUAAAUUCUUGUAGCUUCUGAGCAGUGAACACAAUUUUUUUUUAUCUAUUGUAAAUAAAUCUGUCGUCAUUUUACAAGUUUAAUGCAAAACUUUUUUUUCCGGGCUAUAAUCAGAUUCUUAAAAAA